AGCAGAAUGGGUGCACAAACUGUGAAUUUUCUUGCUGAGACAGUGUGAAGACUAAUAUGAACAAGACACAGCAGCCCUUGUUUUGAGUUUAUAAAUGCCAGAUUAUCCAAGCUGCAUUUCCUGAGUGCCAGUUCUCUGCAAGUCAGCACACAGUCCACUUGACAACAAGACUGGAGCAUAUCACAUUUCUUUUGCGGGACUGGAGAGUCUCCUCCUGAUUCACCAGAGAUUAGAGCAGCUCCACAGUCCUUCAACGCUCAAGCCAAGAAAGAUGCUUCAAGGAAGAGCUUGCGCCAUGAGUUGAGCUCUCUGUGGACCUGCCUUCUCUGACUGAUUUCACCUGCAAACAUGGGGUUAUACGGGAACAUGAGGAACUUGUGCGGAGUAGUAGGAGUGGUGCUGCUCGGGGUCAGCCUGACCCAGCCUGUCCUUUCUCAGACUAGUUGUAAUGCAGAUGUGGCCUCACAGAAUCUUACCCAGCCUCACUACCACGACACAGCCAAAAAUAAUUCAAAAACAGGCUUUAUGUCAGCCAUAGUCCAAUCCUUUCUCCACACAGUUCAGCCAAACGCCUUUCCUACAGAUUUGGUGGUCACGCUAGUCAAAGAGUUCCAACGUGGGCUGCCAGAUCAAGCAGCCAUCAAAGAUAUCCUGGUGCAUGAAGUGGGUUUCUUGGUGUGUAUAGCCAUCGGGAUCCUGUACAUCGUCCUCAUGCCCAUAGUUGGAUUCUUCCUGGCCUGCUGCCGCUGCUGUGGCAACUGCGGUGGGAAGAUGUACCAGAAGCAGUCAUCCUCCACUCACUGCCGCAGGAGAACGCUCUACUGGUGUGCAUUCGCCACCACCAUCAUUAUCUUAGCUGGGAAUGUCUGCAUGUUCAGAAGUAACGAAGCCUUCAAAGUGAGCGUGGACAAGGGGCCAGUGGAGCUGAUAAACACUAUUGAAAAUAUCAACACCUUCCUCACCAAUGUGCCUCAGCAAAUUAACGAUGUUGUGGAAGAGAGCUACAAAACUGUGGAUGAGGUUAAAAAAAACCUGCAAGACAUCGGAAUCCAGUUGGGAUCAGCGAUCCAGAGUAAAUUCAAUGGUACCCUGCACAGAGCGUUGCGCUCCGUUACACUUCUGGAUCAAGAGAUUCAAAACACCAGCCGUCAACUGAAGACGAUGAACUCGUCUUUGGUCCAGCUGCAGUCCAGCGCAGACCGCGUCCAGGCCAAUAUCACUGCUGUGAAAAACAGCAUCAAUCAGACUUUAUCCGAUCCAAAAUGCCAGGACUGUACCGGACUAAGCGAGGUGCUAAAGUCACUAACAGUGGAUACCACCAUUGAUACUCGCGGCUUGAGCGAGUUUCAGUCCGCAGUGGAUAAAGCCAACCAAGCUAAUCUCACAUCCCAAAUCAACAAGGUGGAGGAGUAUUUCAAUAACAUCCCCCAGACGGUGACCAAUGAAACCAACAGUAUAGUUCAAAGCAGCACCAAACAGCUGGACAGCAUAAAAACACAAAUCAGUCAGUUUAAAAAAGACUUCCCUUUAAAUGCGCUGACGGAUGUGUCUGGGACACUGAACACGACACAAACUGAAAUCCAGAAGAUCUUGCCACAAAUCAACAACAUCGAGUUUAUAAGAUGGAGCGUGUGUGUGACCCUAUGCUGUGUGGUCCUCCUGGUGGUGGUGUGCAACGUCCUGGGUUUGGUCCUGGGCCCUCUGGGUCUGAAACCAAAAGAAGACCCUAUGAAGCGCUCCUGCACAGCGGACUGUGGAGGCAUCUUCCUCAUGAUGAGUGCAGGUUUCAGCUUCCUCUUCUCCUGGCUGUUCAUGAUUGCAGUGCUGAUACUUUUCUUGGUGGGUGGAAAUGUUUACACACUGGUUUGCCGAUCCUGGACCAAUGGACAGCUGCUAAAGUUAGUAGAUAGUUCUGGCUUGAUUCCAGUGCCGCAAAUAACUUCGUCUUCAGGAAUGAAAAUCAACAUCAGUAUCUCUGAUAUCUAUAGAAACUGUGAGGAAAACCAGGCUCUGUGGACAGCACUCAAUUUGUCCCAAAUCAUAAACCUUGGCGACCUGCUAAAUGUGACAAAGUACACGGGAAGUGUCCAACAGGACUUUGAGAACACAGAUAUCACUCUGCCCUCGGUCACUUUUCUGAGCGAUGACAUUAAAAAACAAUUGCAAGAUAUCUCCACUGAAAAUUUUAAUUUCACUGCUGUCAUGCGGCAGAUGAACACCAUUUCCAGCAUCAAUCUGAAUACAACAGCAAAUGACCUUGAUACUUUAGCUGAUCGUCAAACUGAUAAUAAUAUUAAACAAGAACUCAAAAAUGAGGCUAAUAUUGUCAGGAGGAUCCAGGCUGACAUAGACACAAAUAUCAAGCCACAGCUGACAAAUGUGAAUUCAAGCCUCAAGGGCCUUGAAAACACUACAGUCACAGUCAAUGUAACGGUGGACAAGGUGCUGAGCAAUGUGCAAGCAGCACAAGACUUUCUCAACACAAAUGCAACUCAGAUUGUAAAGAAUGAAAGCAAAAAGUUUCUGGACUGUCAGCUGCAUUACUUCACUGCUUACACUGACUGGGCCAAACUCAUGAUCAUGCAGCAGGUGGGCCGCUGUGGGCCGGUGGCAGGAGCUUUAGACUCUGUUGACGUCAUCGUCUGCACAUACAUGGUGGAAUCUCUGAAUGCCUUCUGGUUCAGUUUGGGAUGGUGCAUAAUGUUCUUCAUCCCCGGCAUCAUCUUUUCUAUCAAGCUGGCCAAGUACUACAGGAGAAUGAAGGAAUCUGAUUUCUUUGAAAACCACGUUACCGUGAACCACAUCCCGCGGGCGCAGAUGAAACAAUGAGAAAGACGGCAUUCGCGCAGCGCUGCUUUAAAAGACUGCAGACGCAAAUGUUGCUUUGCUUAACAAACUAAAAACAUGGUGCACUCCGGCACAGAUGUGGCAUAUUGUCACUCUGAUGAAAAGUCUGAAAAAGGUUACAUACUUUAAAAAAAUCCAGUUUUCACCACAAGGUGGAAACUCAAAAGCAACUUAUGAAAUGCCCUACACUGCAUAUACAAUAAUGUUUCACAUGGCAUCUUUAAAAUAACUCAGGGGUACACAGGGCAAAAGGGAAACUGCAGGGAUUGUUUUUACCAUAGCAAAUUUAAAGUCCUGUAUUACAAUUAGAGUUUUUAUGGUUUUUCAAGUUUUUAUACAGGUUUCAUAUGCAUUUCAUAUGUGAACAGAGCUGCUUUAUACAUUUGCAUGAAUGCCGGUGUGCAGUUUGCUCAAUGAAUGUGACUCUAAGGUGUGCCUAAUCAUUUCUAACUCAGUUAUUAAGUGUAACUGAACUAAUGCUGAAAAUUAAAAGCACAUUUCCCUCUCAUGAAUCACUAAAUAAGUGCAUCUCAAGAAAAGUAACUUUUGUCACCACGACACUUUUUUUUUUUUUGCUAACUACACAGAACCACUUCAUUUUUUUUAACAUUAUGUUGCUGUAAACUGAUUUUUGAGAGAUGUUUUGAAUUGAUGCUGAUUUAUAGAUAGAUGUAGAUUUAUGGAUUUGUAAUCAAUACUUUUGCUACACAGCACUUUAUAUCAUCUGUUCUGCUGCAACCAUAGGUAAUAUUUCUAUAAACUGCUAGUUUAACAAGUUUUCUUUUCUUUUCUUCUUUUUUUUUUGUGGUUUUUAUGUUUAUGCUGACUUAUUUGACUCUCUUAACUCUCUUCACAAACAGUUGGUGUGUCUUGUGACCAUUCAAGCAGACAUCUACUCACUCGUGUGACACAGGAUGGAUUACCAUUAGUGAAACUGGUUUAUAUUGGCUGAAAACUAAAAUGCUAUGGUUUAACUUUCAUUUGAAGAUGUUAGAAACGGCUCGAUUGAGGCUUUUUUUAAGCACAGGAAGCUUUUUUGGCACCUGGACUGAGGUUUAGGGGAGUGAAACAGUGUGACUGCAAUGAAGCAGUCACACGCUGUAUGGGUGUCAAACUUAGUUCAUCUAAAGGCCGUGUGGAAAAUGAGAAUAUUUGCCCCUUCCUGUUUUCUUUCUUUUUUUUUGCAUAUUUGCCACACUUAUAUGUUUCAGAUCAAACAAAAUCUAAUAUUAACCAAAAAUAACUGGAGUAAAUAGAAAAUGCAGUUUUAAACGAGGAUUUCAUUCAUUAGGGGAAAGAAGCUAUUCAAACCUACCUGGCCUUAUGUAAAAAAUUAAAUGCCUCUCAUGUGAAAUCACAGAUUAACUGUGAUUAACCACAUUUUUUGGAAGCUAAGUGCAAUGUCACUAGCUAUAAUCACACAGUAAAAAGGCUAAACGAUCUACAAAAAUGUAACACAUGAUGCUGAGAUAUAAAAAAACAGCUGAGAAACAAAGUCAUUGACAUGUAUCGGUCUUGAAAGAAUUGCAAACCUGUUUCCAAGACUUUGGGAAUCCAGGAAGUCACAGUGUGUCCCCAAAUGGAGAAAACUUGGAAUAGUGGUGAACCUUGCCAGGAGUGUCCAGCCUACCAAAAUUACUUCAAAAGCUUAUCAGCAACUCAUCCAGAAAGUCAGAAAGAACUCAGAGCAGCAUCUUAACAACUGCAGGCCUCAGUUCAACAUAAAGGUAAAUCUCACAUUUGCUGAAGAACAUCCUGAUUAUCCUCAAGAUUUUUGUAAAAAAAAUAUCCCAUGGACUGAUGAGAAAAGGUGAAUUUUGGACGGCUUCAGUUCUGUUCCAUGAGAAGUAAGGACUCAUGUGCAGAUACUGCAAAUGCUUGAUUGUAGUUAUUCGUGCCAAGAUGUCAAGUUUAGGGGGCAAUAAUUUUUUCACACAGGGCCAGGUAGGUUUGGAUAACCUUUUCCCUUAAUUAUGUAAAAUGUUUAAUGUUAAAAAUUGACGAUUAUGCACCCCCCCCCCAACAACAACAAAAAAAAAAACAGAAAGAGGGAAAGUACUUUUUUCACAGCACUGUUAACUUUAAGCUUGAAUUAAAAGAAACAAAUGCUUGUGCAGCUGCAUACCUCUUUUAGUAUAGAUAUUUUCUGAUGCAUUCCCGUCUUUAGCACCUUAUGUCUGGUAUACAUGAAUUCAAAUAUGAAAAUGAUGAUGCAAAUCAUGUUCUCUGAGAACCAGGAAUUGGUUAAUGGCAGAUACACAGACCUUUGUCUCCUUCUACUCAGUGUGUCAUCCGCAAACUUGUUAGCUUGCAGGUGCUGUUGAGGCCUUACACGGAAGCCAAAUUUGAAAUGGUAAAGGGAUGGGUUUUGAAUUUGCAAGCCUUAUACUCAAAACCAUCCUUCCUCUUCUGCUUAUCAAAUUCAUGGUCACAGUUGAUCUGGUAGCCUAUUACAGCUACCACGCCCUGAACGGGUGACCAGUCUCUGAAAGGGCUAACACAGACAUUUCAUUACAUGAAAACUUAGGACAUAAAAACUGUAGUUUUACAAUACCUAAAGGCAGUGAAAACAAAACAACACCCAUUAACUGUAGGCCUGUGGGAACAAAAAGAUUUUGAGUCUGGUUUUGAACGUAUGCACAGAUGUAACUGAUCUCAGAUCAGCAGGCAGACAGCUCCACAGUAACUGAAAGCACGCUCAGCAGACUGAGAUGCGAGGUGAGAACAGUUACAAGAUCUGAACCUGAUGACCCGAGAGGUCUUAAAGGUGAUUCUAUAUUGCACUGAGAACCAAUGAAAUGCCUUCAGUACUGAGGUAAUGUGGUCAGGUUUCCAUGUACCUGUAAGGAUUCUGGCUGCUGCAUUUUGAAUAAGCUGAAGAUGUCCUACUGGUGAUUUGAGUCCUGCAAAUAGAGCAUUGCUAUAAUUUCACCUUCUUGACAUGAAUGAAUAGGAGAAAAUAUUUUUUGUGAUGUUAUGUUCUAAGUUGAAGGCAUUGUAUACAUUUUUGUUGUUCAAAUUUAGAUGAUGAUGUAAACCUGAGGGGGUAGGGCUAAAUAAGUAUAUACUUCUGCCUACUCCUUUUCAAACAACUGCAUGGAAAGAUUUUAUGAAAUGAUGGUGAAUGUAUAUGUUUGAAAUAAAAAUGAACUGAACAAAUGGA